AUGGCGCCCUUGUCGAUGUCGAGGGCUCACUUGCUCUUCUUGUGCUCGUUGGCGGCGGCGGCGGCUGCGGCUGCCGGGGCGCUCGCCGUGCCGGCGGCCGAAGUGGACUGGGCGCGUCAGCUCAGGCACCACCAUGGUGCGUCUCCGGCCAGUGACGCUCCGGCGCCGUCGCCGGCGCCGCUGUCAACGCCCGAGCUAUGCCGUCCCGGCGAGCCCGUCCCGGCGCCGUCCUCGUCGCCUGCCGGAGCAACAACGACCCCCGCCCCGGCGGCGCCGGCCGCCACCGCGCCUGCCCCGUCGCCCGAGGCGGACGGCAAGAGUAGUGGUGCGGCAGCUGCGCCGCCGUUGAUGACCUGGCCGGCCGUGCUCGCCGGUGCCGCCGGCGUGGCUACGACGUUGAUUCUCUGA